ACGAAAUCUCAAAAGUGACUCAUCCUCAACCUUGCGGUCAUAAAAUUGUGUUAAUUUAAUAAUUAGUUCUCAUUUCUGGGAGGUUUAACUUUGUUGUUGAAGUUUUUAUUCGUAGUACUAAAGUAUUCAUCCUUAAAACGAUCUAAAACAGGCACAAAGAUGUCAGCUAUGGAGAAGCACUUGUUUAACCUUAAAUUUGCAGUAAAAGAGCUGGAACGCAACGCCAAGAAGUGUGAGAAGGAGGAAAAGGCCGAAAUACUGAAGACAAAGAAAGCCAUCCAGAAGGGUAACACAGAGGUGGCACGGAUCCACGCCGAGAAUGCAAUCCGACAGAAGAGCCAAUCGUUGAACUAUCUGCGUAUGAGUGCACGGGUCGACGCCGUGGCCAGCCGUGUUCAGACCGCGCUAACGACGCGCAACGUUACCAACUCGAUGGCGGGCGUCGUCAAGGCAAUGGAUGCGGCCAUGAAGGGUAUGAACCUGGAGAAAAUAUCCGGUCUGAUGGAUAAGUUCGAGUCACAGUUUGAGGAUCUGGACGUGCAGAGCUCGUACAUGGAAAACACCAUGUCCCAGACGACGACUACGGCCGUACCGCAGAAUGAUGUGGAAUCGCUAAUGCAGAGAGUUGCUGAUGAAGCUGGCCUUGAACUGAACAUGGAACUUCCUUCGGGACCAUCGUCGAUCGCUAUCGGUGCCUCAACGCAAGCAUCCACCGAGCAAGAUGAACUAACGGCACGCUUAGCACGUUUGCGACAGGCCGAAUAAAGUGGUCCACAUCCUGUUGUGUGAACAGUCCGAAUUGCAUUGCAUUGUGUUAAUUUUCACCAUGUAUAUUUUCUCUUCCCAUUGAAUGCUCGUAAAAUGCAGUUCCCCUCAAUGCAAAGCCAACGGAAGGGUAUCACCUUUUUUGCUGAUAAAAAAUGUGCAACAUGCUUUGAGUAAUUCUCAUAAUUAUUCGUUAAAACAAAGGAAUAAAUAUUAUGACCUUGGUCGAUUAU